AUGCCAUGGAGAGAGGGCGGGGCCGGGAGGCAAGGCCAGCCCGAGAAAACGAACAACACUCAUGCCGAGGACAGUCUCGACGGUCGGUGGCCAUCGGGCAGGCCGUAGUGUCCCUUGUUUGCCAUUCGUGUUCAUGUUGUUCUGCUUCUUCCAGCGGUGGUCCGGUUCCUCUUCCUUGUGGAUCAGAUGCCAUUCCGCCUUCUAGAUAAGCAUAUUCCUCCCUUUGUUUUCAUUCGUUGGCGCAUUCCUGCGCCCAGUCGGUGUCGUUCCUCGUCUUCUCCGCCUUCCGGUACCUCCAUUUCUCCAUUUCGUUUCAGACUUUCCUUCAACUCUCACUUCCUCCCUCUCAAAAUGCUCCCGGAUAGCCCAUCCCCACGUGCUGCUCUUGCUCUCUCGGACCUCCAACCUCAGACCGGCGCCUCCACGUUCUCCGUCGGCACUGGAUCUGGCAACUGGUAAGUCUGACGAGUUCUUACGCAACUGGUAGUGGUCGGGAUAAGACGACGCCGUCUGGCAUCAUUACGUAACGAAGCGAUCGGGUUUAGAGCGUUCCCGUCUUCCUCCGGGAAUCCCUCCCGACGGACUGGUUUCGUGUGUCUCAUUAGCAAGUUUUUGUGUUGGCCACGAAUGCGAGAAUGCUUAUUGCAGGUCUACAAGAGGUGUUGGAGGAGUCAGUGGAGACUACAUGGACAAGUCUGGAGGUGGAAUGUUCGGCGGAAACAACAGAAACAAUGUGAGUCAGCAAACGAAGCUUUUGGGGGUGGGGGUGGGAACUUGUGAUCGACUCAUAUCAUUCGAAGAGGACUUUGCGGAACUGGUGUAAAACUAGGAAGUUUCCCAUGAUCAGCUGAUCAGCCAUGCUACAUCCUAGGAUCAUUCUUGCUUUCUGAAAAAUUUGAAGAAAGAAUCUCGAGCUUCAAGAUACCUUUUGCUCUUCUAUUCUUUUUACAUCUUGUAGAAGGUAGUUCUCGGCAACAUUUUCGACCCUUCUAGAACCGCCUUUCUCUCUUCUCGUGGUGCGAAACGAAUGCAGAAAGCGAAAGGAGAUAUAUCAAGUUUAUCACCUUCGGACGUCCAUUGUCCGAUUGUCUCUCGCCACAGCCGCCCCACUUUCCGCUAUCCGCCCCUUUCUAAUCCACUCUCACCGCCGUCUCAUUCCAGGACCGAUUCGCUUUCGGAAGCAACAGCUCGUCGUCCUCGUCCACAGGCUGCUUCUCGUCGAACAGUUCCUCCGGAGGUCUCUUUUCCAGUAAAUAAAUACUCAAGUGAGUCGUCACCAAUUGUUUUCCAUUCAUUCGCUCGUUUUCAGAAUGCGAUCGGCAGCCGGUAUUCUUAUUCUAAUCUCAAUUAUUCCCAGUGUAUAUAGUGAACCGAAGUUGCCCGAUUGCGAGCAGAUUCCAAAAGUAUUGUGCUGUACCCAACGUGUCUUAGGUGAGAAUGGAGGAAUGAGAAGACGGUCCGAGAAUGUUGAGAUGUUCAGAUAAAUGUAUGUCUGGUUGUAUCGAUUAUGUCACUGAGAAAUGCCCCCACAAACUGGAGAAGUACGAGACUAUCGACGAACAACAGGAGCCCUCGACGAGAGCCCCGAAGAAGACGGAAGUGAAGGCGGCGAAACAGGUGAACAACAACAACCGAGUCGUCGGACAAGUCAACCACGAGGUCAAGGAGCAGUUCAUCGAUUCGAAGGACAUCCGCAGAGCUCCGGUCACCGGAGACGCCAAACUGCUCAACAAGGAGUACCCGAUAACGGAGGUCACCGACGCGGAUCUCUCCUCCGAGUGCGGAACCGAACGGUCGCAGCCGCCAUUCUCCCCAUGCCUCUCCCGCAAAUCGGCCGACGACGUCUUCCUUUCCUGCUGCCGCCAACAGCUUCCAUCCAACUGCCACAGCCUUUGCACUUACGAACACCGUGAGCACGUCGCCGCUGAGACGCUCAUUCAAGCCAUCCAGCAAGAGCACUGCGACAUGAAGGUGAGCAUUCGAUCCGCUUCAGAUCCGCCCCAAUCACUCUUUUUCAGUACCUGACCAACUUGCUCUAUUGUGCCAACCAAAACAGAGACAACCGUGCCUGCUGCUCCCAUCUCGGCAUGUCGAAUCCGGAUCUCGGAGUGGGAGAUCGUUGUCUCCGCAUGUGCAAUGUGGCUCCAUCCGGAGACCGUGUCAGUUCCGUCGAGAAGGAGGACCUCGUAUGUCUCUCCAACUGGAACGUCAUCAUGUACUGUGCUCGUGGCGGUCUUCGUACCAUCAACUAG